AUGUCUUCCGAAAUCACAAUGAAGUGCGCCACCAUCUUCACCGCGGUCGCUCUGCUGCUCACGAGCGCUAUGGCUCUGCCGAACCCGAACGCCGCUCCUGAGGCCAACCCGCAGAUCUGCUACUGCAACACGGGUUGCUACGACACUUGCGGACAGAAGGCCUGCUGCUGA